GCUCCCAGCAUAUACUACUGAGUUUCAAGCUAUAUGAAAUAUGUGAUGUGACCGUCAUGACUACGGCGAUGAAACCACCUUACGAUUCCGAGCUAGGCGUGAUGCUCGAAAAAAUAUCCAUCCCGCCGAUACUCACACUCGACAUCCUGCCUGCGGUCCGGGCCGAGCAGGAUGCGAUGUGGACAGCUGAUGCUGCGCUUGCCGACGAGCCGUUCACCCACGAAGAGCAUGGUAUUCCCGGACGGCUUGUCCUCUCCGUAUUCCAACCACAGCGGCGUAACGUCCCUUGGGAGAGGCCCGUGCACGGCCGGCCAUGCAUUCUCUGGAUACACGGGGGAGGCAUGCUACUGCGGAAUCGGUUCAUGAGCGUCAAGGUUCCUUUAGCAUGGGCGAAGACGUGCGGGGCGACUGUCGUCAGUGUGGAGUAUCGCGUCGCACCUGAACACCCGGCACCCGCGGCCGUUGAGGAUUGUUAUGCUGCACUGUGCUGGCUGCGGGAUGCGGGCGACGCGCGCAAGCUCGGCAUCGAUCAAGAAAGGGUCCUCGUGGCCGGCAUAAGUGCGGGUGGUGGGCUGGCGGCCGGUGUGGCGCUAAUGGCGAGAGACCGUGCGCUUGCAGGCGGCCCCAAGAUAUGCGGGCUGGUGCUGAUGUGUCCUAUGCUCGACGACCGAGUCGACGCGGCCGUGGCCAAACUGUUCGGCGGUCCGGAAUCCCCCAUCUGGAGCACCGAAAGCAACGAAGUAGCGUGGAAGGCGGUCCUCGGCGAAGCGUACGGCAGCGACGCGGUGAGCCCAUACGUGGCUCCCGCGAGAGCGGAUGACCUCUCUGGGUUGCCUCCAACCUAUAUAGAUGUAGCAUCGGUAGAGCUCUUCCGAGAGGAUUGUGUGCGGUAUGCGAACCGAUUGUGGCGAGCCGGUAACCGCGCCACGCUGCAUGUAUGGGAGGGUGGCUUUCACGGGUUCGACGUGUUGGCACCAACUGCAGCCCUGUCAAAACUGUCUAGUUCGACAAGGGCUGCGUGGGUGCGGCGAGUUUUAGGUGAAGGGAUUGAUAUUGGGGUGUGA